GCCGAGCGGGCGCUGCUAUGGAGCACAUCCGCACCACCAAGCUAGUGCCUUUCCGCGGGAGGCUCGGGGGCGGCCCGUGCCGCUCGGGGUGUCCGCGGGCUCCGGGGGUGACUACCUCAGAGGCUUACCAUGGACCGGCCAUCACAGAGCGGUCCCCCCGCCCUCCCCUUCUCGGAACCUUCUCUGCUGAGUCCCCUCCGAGCCGUGGGACUGGAGGAGUAAAGCUCCCGCGGAGCUUGGCCUGGAGGGGCCUCACUAGAUGAACCAUCCCGUUAAGACGGGGAAGACGGUGGAACAAGUGAAAUUACUGGAUAGGUUCAGCACGAGCAAUAAGUCACUGACGGGAACUCUAUACCUUACAGCAACUCAUCUGUUAUUCAUAGAUUCAAGCCAGAGAGAGACAUGGAUACUACAUCAUCACAUUGCUGCAGUGGAAAAACUUCCCUUGACUACUUCUGGCUGCCCCCUUGUCAUCCAGUGCAAGAACUUCAGGAUAGUUCAUUUUGUUGUUCCCAGAGAGAGAGAUUGUCAUGACAUUUACAACUCAUUGCUUCAACUGUCAAGAACAGCAAAAUAUGAAGAACUGUAUGCCUUCUCCUAUAAUCCAAAACAAAAUGAAUCUGAGCAAGUCAAAGGUUGGCAGCUUAUUGAUUUAGCAGAAGAAUAUAAGAGAAUGGGAGUGCCAAAUGCUAACUGGCAGUUGUCCGAUGCAAAUCGUGAUUAUAAGAUUUGUGAAACUUAUCCUAGAGAACUUUAUGUUCCCAGAACUGCAAGCAAGCCCAUAAUUGUUGGUAGCUCCAAGUUCAGAAGCAAGGGAAGAUUCCCAGUGUUGUCAUAUUACCAUAAAAAUAAAGAGGCUGCAAUUUGCAGAUGCAGUCAACCUCUCUCAGGUUUCAGUGCCAGGUGCCUGGAAGAUGAGCACAUGUUGCAAGCCAUCAGUAAAGCAAAUCCUUCAACUCGCUACAUGUAUGUCAUGGACACCAGGCCCAAGCUUAAUGCAAUGGCAAACAGAGCUGCUGGGAAAGGCUAUGAGAAUGAAGACAACUACUCCAACAUUAGGUUCCAGUUUGUUGGCAUUGAAAAUAUUCACGUAAUGAGAUCCAGCUUACAAAAACUUCUGGAAGUCAGUGGUACAAAGGGUUUGUCUGUCAAUGACUUCUUGUCUGGUUUGGAGAAUUCUGGAUGGUUACGUCAUAUCAAAGCUGUAUUGGAUGCUGCUGUCUUCCUAGUCAAGGCAAUAGCGGUUGAGAGCGCGAGUGUAUUGGUGCACUGCUCAGAUGGCUGGGACAGGACUUCCCAAGUUUGUUCUCUUGGAGCUCUCCUGUUAGAUUCUUAUUACAGAACAAUCAAAGGAUUCAUGGUCUUGAUAGAGAAAGACUGGAUCUCUUUUGGGCACAAGUUCUCUGACAGAUGUUGUCAGUUGGAUGGUGAUCCAAAAGAGAUCUCUCCAGUUUUCACUCAGUUUUUAGAAAGUGUGUGGAAUCUGACUGAGCAGUUUCCACAAGCCUUUGAGUACAAUGAAGCUUUCCUCCUUCAGAUCCAUGAACAUGUCCAUUCAUGCCAGUUUGGUAACUUCCUUGGAAACUGCCAAAAAGAGCGAGAAGAACUGAAAUUAAAAGAGAAGACAUAUUCCUUAUGGCCCUUCCUUCUGGACGAGCAAAAGAAAUAUCGGAAUCCUCUGUAUAAUCCAGACUUUUCUCCAGAACUGACUCUUUUGGAGCCUAAUACAGUAUCAUUCAAUUUUAAGUUUUGGAGAAAUAUGUACCAUCAGUUUGACCGAAGUAUGCAUCCCAGGCAAUCUGUAUUCAAUCUUAUAAUGAACAUGAGUGAAGAAAAUAAACAACUAGAGGAAGACAUUAAAGAACUGGAAGCUAAAAUCAAGCAGAGAAACGGGCAGCCGGAUGCAGUCCCUGUGAAGGAACAUCAGCAAUCUGCUCGUCCUGCACCCGUGGCACUGAAGACCCCUCCAUGCUUCAGGAAGGAGCAGCCUCUGAUCCCUGUAAACGACGCAUUAAGAACUGUAGAGGGCAGCAAUGAAGCAGACAAUCGCUAUAGUGAAUUCGUGACCGAGUUCUCUAAAGCCGAGCCUGCUGUCGUCAGCUUGGAGUACGGAGUGGCUAGGAUGACCUGCUAAUUAAAAUCCGACUCUGUGCUCCUCUUCUGGACAGAUUGAAUUACGAGAUGGAUUAUUUUGAAGAUGAGUCUGUGCUGCAUGACCAAAACAUGAUUUGUAUAUUGGCAAGUUUUGUUAACGUAGACUAGAACAGCAUGUUAGUUGUCAAGUGUUUGCUGUUCUUUUAAGGAAAAAUAAUUAGUUCUGUUUUAAAAGAAAUUAGGGACAUUUGCUAAGUAAUGACUAAAAAUCAAGGAGUGGUAUGUCUUUGGGAUUAAGUCAGUUUGCACUAAAUUGAUUAAAACAGUAACAUUAUUCAGAAUAGGAAGACACAGGUGGUCCUUCACAGAUUUUUAUUUGUGCAAGACAACUUGAACUUUCCAUAUUAGGAACUGAAGCUACAUGUAUAGAUCAUAUACAAUAUGAAUACAUAGACACUUGUUUCAUGUCACCCAGUACUAAUUUUGAGUGUGUGAAGUGCCAUGGAGAAGUAUGAGAUUUCUAAUAACAAGUAGUUGGCCUUAAA